AUGGAAGCUGCGGCGAAACAGGUCCGACUCCUCACCCAGCGCGUCUUGCCCGAGCAUCCACACCAUCUCUCCUACGAUCCUAGGCGCCGCUAUCCAGCCGUCCCCGAUGGUAAGGGCUUCGAGGAACAGAUUCACCGCGGUCUCCAGUACAUGACUUUCGUUUCCGACGGCGAUCGCGGAGUCCUAUUGACGCGGCCAUAUUAUGACAUGCGCGAAGAACCCCCCGCCCCCAAGGCGCACCCCGGUGCUGCCGCCGCCGCCUCCGCCGCUAGUACUCCGUCGCGAACGGACAAGAAACCCUCUACGAAGAUGUCGCUCAGCGAUUACAAGAACAAAGUGAAACAACAAUCUCAAUCGCCGUUAACCCCCAACACUGUGCCAAAGAGGACGCCUGCCGAGACGCCGGGCCGACCUUUGGCCCCUCCCGAUCGAAGACCCGAUAGACCACCACCAUCAGACCCGAGGAGACGCGACGGUCCACCAGCGUCCAAGGAGCCACCAAAAUCAUCGCUCCUUAGCAGCGCGAGGCCUAGCUCAUUACCCCCCAAGCCACCGCCGUCAGUACACCCGCCGACCAUUUCCCCUAAGGCAAGGAAACGAAUAUCGGACGAAGACGACGCCCGGCCAUCGAAGCGGAGCAAACUCGACUACAAUAACAACAAUUCACAUGACAGGUCGCGUCCCCCGCCGCCGCCGCCUCCGAGGGAAAUACCACCGAGAGAUAGGGAACCGCCGCGUCCUACCAGAGAUAGAGAUGAUCAACUGAGACGGAAAGAUAUGCCAUCUACAUCCUCGUCGAGUCAGAAGACGAGCCGUCGAAGCCCACCCCCGCCGCCGCGCCCCGAUGGCAAAUCGUCGACGACGGCAACAAGCUCUUCAUCGAAUGUUAAUGGGCGGGGAAUACUUAAGCCCUCCUCCAAGAACCACGCCCAAGGCAGCUCGCCAAACGCGCGGUCACGGGGAACCGGGUCAUCGUCCAUCAAUGGCAUUCGACCCCCAUCCAGCGGUUCCAAGACGGUCGCUUCAACCAAGUCUAGCUCAUCUACUACGUCCGCGACGACGAAAUCGGCUGUUCCUCCUUUAUUAUCUCCUCUACACAUUUCCUUUAACGAUCCUGACCCGCCGGCCCCACCGCCGAAGAGGGUCGAGAAGCCUGAGAAGUCCAGUCGACGCGAUGAAUCCAGUCGACGAGACGAACCUAGCCGGCGAGACGAAAAUCGACGGGAAGAAAGUCGUCGAGAUGAAUAUAGUCGGCGAGAAGAAAGUCGACGCGAAGAAUACAAUCGACGGGAGGAUAAUUCAGAUCCCCGCCGCAAGGAUGCGACAUCCAAGAGCAAGUCGUCGAGCCGAUCUGCGCUACCCCCACCCCCUCCGCCGCCGAAGAAGAAGUCGACGUUUGUAUUACCACCCCUACUAUCGCCGACGUUGCCGCCCCUUAUCGAAGCCGAGCUAAAGCGCCGUAAGAGGCCGCCAACGAAGGAUUUGAAUGUGAAAUCUCCUGAAAUUACAACAAAGACUCUAAAGAAGAGUAGCACGGCGAGCAAGACCGCCCUAGACGAGGGAAAGAGAAAGCGAGAGCGGUUGAUAGUGACACUCAAGAUCCCCAGACGGCUGAUUAAGAGAGUCCAGCGCCUCACCGCGCUACCUAGCAAGAGCGAUCGCUCGGGUAGUAUGGAUCCGCCGGCGCAGUCGCAAGCAGGUUCCUCGAAGAAGCGACCGCUGCCCUCUAGCAACUCGACAGAAGCGCAACGAAACACUCCAUCGCCGUCUGCGCCGAAGCGAGUCAAGAAAUUGGAAAACACCUCUUCCUCCUCCGCCUCGACCUCCGCGAAGCCAGCGCCGCCGCCAUCGACCCCAUCGAGAUCGUCCGCAGGCGCGUCACACGUCGACACACCGGGAGAGGCAGGCAGCGCGGGCCCGUCCUCAUCGCAAGGAGGGCCCUCCCAGGUAUCGGCCCUGUCGACGGCCGCGGCGACCAAAUACCGGCUCAUAUCGGAGCGCUACGGCGGCAUCGGCAAGAAGCUGAAGCGAGCGCGUGACGGCAUCUUCAGGAACCUCGGCGUCAACAGCGCAGCGGCGCACCAGAUCCCCGAACCCGACCAAAAGCUCGCCAUCGUCACGGGAAUCGAAGCGAUCCUCGCCUUCAUGAUCGGCUUCAAGGCGCUCUUCGACAUGCGGCGCGGCGAGCACAAAACGCCCGACCCCAUGCCCUGGCGCAGUUUAUUACCCAUGGUAGGCGAGCUGCAGUGGCACGCGCGCGCCUACAGCUUCCCGCACACGCUCCUCUGGAUGCUGCAGGACAUCAUCAUGCAGGAGAUCCUAGCGUGCUACUACCUCUCGGACCUGAAGAACCCGACCAACGCGCAGGAGCUCAAGCGCAUGGGCAACCUUCAGGCUAAUAACAAGAAGCAGUUGCCCGGGCUGUAUAGGCUCGUCGAGGAGGCCGGCGAGGAGGGGAAGUUGCCUGUGCUGAACCCGGGUGCGUCGUUUGAGGUUGUUGUGGCGAGGUCGUUGGAGUCUGUGAAGAGGUGGGCGAGGAGUGAGGAUGUUAAUUGGAGGGCGACGUUGGUUCCUCAGGAUGUCUUGGCUGGGAACUGA